AUGAUCCACCAACACCCAACUUUCCGUCUCGGCACUCGCAUCAACAACCUCGAAAUCGUCAAUGUGCUCGGCGAAGGCGCCUAUGGCCAGGUAUACUUGGCCAAGCAGCUCGACAAGGGCAGGCCACGGCUGUAUGCCAUCAAGUCCCUUCGGCAAUCGAAACUUGACGACCGACAGCGAGCGUUCCAGCGCACCGAAAUCGGACUGCACGCCAGACUCUCUGGCCAUCCACACAUUAUCCGACUCGAGCGCGUCAUUCGGGAGCCCGAGUGGACUCAUGUGGUGCUCGAGUAUGGGCCAGAAGGCGACUUGUUUACGGCCAUCACUGAGCGAGACCUUUACGUUAACAACCAUCAGCUCAUUCGGCACGUGUUCCUGCAGCUGCUUGAUGCAGUCAGUUACUGUCAUAACAACGGUGUUUACCAUCGCGACCUGAAGCCCGAAAACGUCCUCGUCUUUGACAACGGCCAUACGGUCAAGCUGGCCGACUUUGGUUUAGCCACCACUGAGCCAAUCACAAGCGAUUAUGGGUGCGGCAGCACAUUCUACUUUUCGCCUGAAUGCCAAGGUGAUCUCAACCGCAGUAAUAACAAGAAAUCCGCUCGCCGCGUUGGCUAUGCUACAGCUCCAAACGAUGUGUGGUCUUUGGGCGUGAUUCUCAUCAACAUGGCCGCUGGUCGAAACCCAUGGCGCCAAGCAUCGUUGAGCGAUGACACAUUUUGCGCCUACCUCGCCGACCCCAACUUCCUGCUCAAGAUCCUGCCUAUUUCCCGUGAGCUCAACCAGAUCUUGAAGCGGAUAUUCUGCAUUGAUCCUCUCCGUCGUAUUGGUCUCGACGAACUCAAAGAGCGUAUCAAGCGAUGCAAGCACUUUACUCGAACACCCGAGGUUGAACGCUUGGAAUUGCAGCAGGAUCUGGAACGCGAGUCUUUGGGACUUUCGAUACGCUUCAACCACAAACAAUUCCAACAACAGCAGCAACAGAAGCAGCAACAGAAGCAGCACCAGCAGCAGCAACAACAAGCCAAAGUUGUCCUGCCGCCAUCGCCGCCGGCAACACCGCGGUCCGACCGAUCCCGAUCGUCCUUCGCAACCACGUCGUCAUGGCAGCAACAACAGCAGCGGUUGACAACACCCCCCUCUUCUCGUACGGGAAGCAAGUCUAAGAUACCCCGCGCCGCCACGCCGGACGAGGCGACGAUGUCGACGUUUGAUGCAGAAGAAGCAGCAGCACCAACAGAAGCAGAUGAUCUUAUGCCAAAAAUGCUCGCACUGACUGUCUAG